CCGAGAGGCCAAAGCAAACGCAGCAUAACAAAUCGAAGGAGCAUGUAGUGUGCGACAGUGCUCGUCUCUUUCUAUAUGUGUUGAGUUGAGACCUUUAAACUCAACUCAACACUUUCAUCUCUUUCUCUCUCCUUCCUUCGUUGUUUUCUGCUAAUUUCUAGGGUUUUGCCCUUCCCCAAUCCCCACAAAAUGGGGGUCUCCUUCAAGGUGUCCAAAACCGGCACUAGGUUUCGCCCUAAGUGCAUUCCCCAACUUCAAGAUGGCGCAUCCGACAAUUCCAAACCCCAGAGUGAUCUUGUUGAGGCUGGUGAAAACAUUGCUCAGAUUCCCAGGUCAUCUGUGUCAUCUGAAACUCUUUCAUUAGCAGAUAGGGAGGCUUCUUUCACAUUGAACCUGUUUCCAGAUGGUUAUUCUAUUGGAAAACCCUCCGAGAAUGAAGCAGCUAAUCAGUCAAAAUACCAAGAUUUUCCCAAGUUGUUACAUCCAUAUGAUAGGUCAUCUGAGAGUCUUUUCUUGGCCAUUGAGUCAGGUCACUUGCCUGGGGAUAUUCUUGAUGAUAUACCUGCCAAGUAUGUUGAUGGAGCACUUAUAUGUGAGGUGCAUGAUUAUCGAAGAUGCUCUUCUGAAAAAGGGGGUAGUGUGUCUGCAGAAAGUUCUCCUACUGUUAGCAAAGUAUGCCUCAAGAUGUCGUUGGAAAAUAUUGUAAAGGACAUCCCAUCGAUUACUGACAAGUCUUGGACAUAUGGUGAUCUAAUGGAAGUUGAAUCGAAGAUACUGAAAGCAUUACAACCAAAACUUCAUCUAGACCCUACUCCAAAGUUAGAUCGGCUGUGUGAAAGUCCGCUUCCAACGAAGCUCAAUUUGCCAAGAAAGCGAUUAAAAAAUAUGCCAGAGUUUGCUGUUACUUCUACUAAUAAAAUUCAUGGGAAGAAAGUAUGCAUAGAUAGAGUGCAGGAAAGCUCAAUUAACAGAUUAGGUGAUGUAGGAAACACUGCAUCAAAUGCUAUUGUGCAGCAGACCCAUGAAAAUCCAGCCAUGCAGAAUCUUAGUCCGAAUGUUGCCAUGGCCUUGAGAUCUAAGAAUUUUAUACCUGAUUCUUCCAUCCCUAACUUUCCUAUGAUGUCCCAUCAAUCAAGAUAUUCAAUGGCUGUUGGAACUCAGAGAAGUUUGCAGGAGCAGGGACCAACUCCUUCCAUUAAUUCGUUAGGGGCUUCUCCUGCUACACAAGAUGUCAUGAUUUCAUAUGCUGAAAAUGCAAACUCGGGUGCCUCUCUUCUUGGAAAAAGGGAUAAUCAAGAUGGACAAGCAUCACCUUUGUCCAAUAUUGCUAAAAGAAUGAGGCCUGCUUCCACUGUGCUUGAUGCAAUGCAGCAUCAGCAAAUAGGGUCACAUGUUGAAGCUCUUCAAGGAUCAGAUAUGAAUUGGCAGAAUACAUUGCAACAACAAGCAAUGGCCAGAAUUCAGUAUGCAAGUGGUGGCAUUCAAAAGUUUCCUCAGCAGGCUUUUGAAGGGGGGGCAAAUCAAGAGACAGGGGCUAUUCCCUUUGCUUCUAGUCAGCAGCAGGGCAUGAGGUUGGUUGCCAAGGAAGAACAGUUUGAAAUGGAAAAAUUAGAUGGUGCAGAGAUAAACCGCAAUAAAAGUGAGAUGGAAAUGGAAAUGAACAAUUUAGAUCCACAACAAUUACGGAUUCAGCAACGAUUGUCACAGCAUGCAUUCAUGAGGUCUAAUUUCCCCCAGGCAGCCUGGAACAGUUUGGGUCAGCCUAUGGAGAAAGAAACAAAAAAAGAGGACCAGCUUCAGAAAAGGAAAUCAGUACAGAGUCCUCGCUUAUCCACCGGGGCAUUACCUCACUCCCCAUUGUCUUCGAAAUCAGGUGAAUUUUCCAAUGGUGCAGUAGGACCAAGUUUUGGACAGUCUGCAAUGGCUGCUGUGCCUGGGACAUCACAAAAAGACAAGACAGCAAUGGUCUCAGUUCCUGCUACUGUUGGAACUCCAUCUAAUGACUCUACACAAAGACAACAUGCACAACUAGCCGCAAAGCGGAGAUCUAAUUCUCUUCCCAAGACCCCAGCAAUGAAUGGAGUUGGUUCUCCCGCUAGUGUUGGUACAACCAGUGUCCCACUGAAUGCAAAUAGUCCCUCAGUUGUGACCUCGGGUUUAGUUGACCAAAAUCUUCAAAAUAUGCUUGAAAGGUUCUCAAAAAUUGAAAUGGUGACAAUGAGGCAUCAACUUAACUUUAAGAAGAAUAAGGUUGAUGACUAUCCCAUUAAGAAGCAGAAUCCAUAUGCACAAAAUAAUCUAGCUGCACUUCUUGCCAAUGCAACUAAUAAUGAGGGAUUGCCAGAGGAGUCAAUUUCUUUGUCAAAGUCGCUUAUUGGUGGGAGUAUGAAUGCAUGUAAAAUGAGAAUCUUAACUUUCUGUGUGCCUGAGCGUGUAGUUCAAGGAAGUGUUGUUACUAUAAUUCCGAGGAUGCGAACUAGGAUGAUAAUAUUUGAGAAAUCUGAUGGUACUGUCGCUAUGCAUUGUGGGGAGAUUGAAGAAGUUGAUUACGUAGCUGCAGAGGAUCAUCUUCUCACAUUACCCAAUACUUUUGAUUACGUAGCUGCACAGGAUCAUCUCCUCACAUUACCCAAUACUCAUUCUGCAGAUUUGCUUGUACAACAGUUCUGUUCACUGAUGGUACGCGAAGGAUUUGUGAAAGAAGAUGACCGAAUCCAACUUAAACCAAACCGGGUGAACCUUCCAUUGGGCAAUCAAUCUACUACCCCUAAUAAUGCUGUAGUUGAAAUGCAACAAUAUGGAGAAGCCAUUCCUGGUCAAUCAUCCAAUGAAGUUGCAAAACCAACUAGUGGCAGUAAUGCACCUGUAAACCUCUCUCAGAAUCUUGUAACAAAUCCAAGGAUGCUGCCACCUGGAAACCCCCAAGCCUUACAGAUGUCCCAAGGACUUCUCUCUGGUGUUUCGAUGGCUUCAAGACCACAACAAAUGGACUCACAACAAGCCAUACAGCAGCAGCAGCAGCAGCAGCAGCAACAACAACAACAGCAGCAGCUGCAACAAAAUCAACACACACUCAUUCAACAGCAGAAUCCCCAGUUCCAGAGGUCUCCUAUGAUGCUUGGGACAAAUCAGCUUUCACACUUAAAUCCAGUUGGACAAAACUCCAACAUGCCAUUAGGUAAUCACAUGCUGAACAGGCCUUCAGCUCUCCAGCUUCAGAUGUUCCAACAACAACAACAGCAACAGCAACAGCAGCAGCAGCAGCCUCAAAUGCAAAGGAAAAUGAUGAUGGGACUCGGACAAGCUGUGGGAAUGGGUAACUUGAGAAAUAACCUAGUUGGGCUUGCACCCAUGGGUAACCCUAUGGGGAUGGGAGGUGUCAGGGGAAUAGGAGGAAGUGGAAUCUCAGCACCAAUGACAUCUAUUGCUGGCAUGGGAAAUAUGGGUCAGAACCCAAUGAAUCUUAGCCAGACUUCAAAUAUUACUAAUUCCAUAAGCCAACAGUUCAGGUCCGGAUCGAUAAAUGCAGCAGCAUCUGCUGACCUUUUAUCAAAGCUUAGAUUGGUACAUCAGAAUCGUCAAGGCAUGCUAGGGUCCUCUCAAUCUAACAUAGCUAGCAUCUCAGGGGCUAGACAAAUACACCCUGGUGGUACUCCAAGUCUUUCAAUGUUGGGCAGGGCUAAUACAAUGCAGCGACCAAUUGGACCUAUGGGUCCACCGAAGAUUAUGGCUGGGAUGAAUCUUUAUAUGAGUCAGCAGCAGCAGCAGCAACAUCAACAACCCCAACCCCAACAACAGCAGCAGCAACACCAACAGCAAUUGCAACUUCAGCAGCAUAUGCAGCAGCAAUUACAGCAGCAACAACAACAAGAAACAACUUCACAAUUGCAGGCAGUUGUUUCUCCCCCACAGGUGGGAUCGCCAUCAAUGGGCAUUCCACCAAUGAACCAACAAGCGCAGCAGCAAGCCAGCCCUCAGCAAAUGAGUCAACGAACCCCUAUGAGUCCACAGAUGAGCUCAGGUGCGAUUCAUGCCAUGAAUGCUGGUAAUCCUGAAGCUUGUCCAGCCAGUCCACAGUUGAGCUCUCAGACCCUUGGCUCUGUUAGUAGCAUAACAAACUCCCCUAUGGACAUGCAAGGUGUCAACAAGAGCAACUCUAAUGCACAAUGAAGCUACAAAACGUAAAAUGUCCAAAUCAGUGCCCCUGCCACAUAAGUUGUUGGAAACUGCUGAAGCUAAUAAUGUUGAAUAUGGGUGCAUAGACUUACACCAGAAAAUGAUAAUUAUUUACUUAUAAAUAAACAAAGCAUAUUGAAUAAAUAUGCUACUCUUUGUAACUCUAGGGGGAAUCACAUGUAUGCCAGUUGUUAAUAGUUUCUUGUUUUCUUUUUCACUCAUUAAGCACGUCUGUGUAAGUUUUUAGGAUAUUUAAGCUAAGAUUAGCGUGUAUUUAUUCUAUGGCUACUUUAUGGAGUGCAGUAGCAAGCUUUUUUAUAAGUGAAAGAAAAGAAAAAUCUCUUUCUCGGGUA